AUUUCUAAAAAUAAUCAUCCAAGGAGAAAGAAGGGAGAGCGACCUAUCCAAAAUUUCUUUCUAGGCGAGACAAAAUGUUGAAACCGAAUAGAUUUUGUCUAUCCACAAACAACUGAAAGUUUGUAUAAUUCGAAUGUGCAUCGAUCGUAGUGCGAUUCCUUCCGGUAUUUUAUCGUCUGCUUCGAAAACUAAUGUCCUUGGAUUUCGAUUCGCUUUCACCCAUCGAGGGCACGAGACAGGGAUAGUUCUAUUCUAAUCACUCGCGUUGAGUGACAGACGAUCUGAUUGCGGAACUUUUAAUUUCCCUCGUUUUCAGCAUUCUUCUUCGCCCAACGUUCGAAGUGACGUUCGAAAUCUUCCUCUUUUUCACACCGGUAUCUUCUUUUUUUGUAGAAAGAUCAUGACAGAAUUACUGCUGAAUAAGGAAAGAGUGAUAAAAAACAACAAAAAUACAUCAUCUUAUUAACGUUGAAAGCCUCCGAAUAAUUUGACAAAUUGCUUUGUUUUCAUUUGCCAAAGGAUUUAUAUAAACUCUUCCAUAUAUCUGAGAGUUCACUUUAUCUGAAGAAUGGGAAAGUCCGGUGCAAACAGUCCAGCCAAGCCCGAUGUGAGGAAUCAAUUGCUGGGCAAAGAUUCUGAAACACUACCUGUUCCGAAACUAGAACCCACCCCCAAAACUAACAGAGUUUUUCAACCCCCAGAUGGGGGAUGGGGGUGGGUUGUCUGCUUAGCAUCAUUUUGGACAAAUGGAACUAUUUUUGGAAUAAUGAACUGUUUUGGAGUUUUAUAUGUAAAACUACUGGAAAAAUUUAGAGAUUCUCAUGCUGAAGCGGCAUUCGUCACUUCAUGGGUAGGAUCUGUUUCCAUUGGGAUGACCUUUCUGCUGUCGCCAGUGGCCAGUAUACUGACGGACAAACUGGGCAUUCGGAAGACGGCCUUCAUAGGGGGUCUGAUGGCGACUGCUGGCAUGCUGGCCAGUUCAUUCGUGAACAGUUUGGAGCUCCUAUACAUCACGUACGGCGUCCUACUCGGAUCUGGUGCAUCCCUAGCCUACACCCCGUCCCUGGUGGUGCUGGGACACUACUUCCACCGGAGACUUGGUUUCGUGAACGGACUGGUAACUGCCGGCAGUUCAGUCUUCACCAUGGUCAUGCCUCUUGUCCUCACUCGGCUUCUGGACACGAUAGAACUUGCAGCCACUCUACAAAUUUUGUCCGUGAUGAUGGGUUCUGUCAUGCUGUGUGCUCUCACAUUCCGGCCCAUUCUAUCACAACACCAGAGAAUAACAGAGAAAGAUGAGACAAACUCCUCAGAGGAGAGCCUGCAAGAUUCGAGCAAUUGUUUUGGAAACUGCCUCGAUUUGUCAAUAUGGAGGAACAGGAAGUACCUGCUGUGGGUUUUUGCCAUCCCAUCAGCUCUCUUCGGAUAUUUUGUGCCUUACGUACACCUUGUCCAGCAUGUGAAGGAUAUUCUCCCAAAUGCCAAUGGGGAAGUUCUCGUCACGUGCAUUGGCCUGACUUCUGGCAUCGGUCGAAUCAUUUUUGGAAAAUUGGCCGAUUUUCCAACAGUUAAUCGAAUCAUGCUUCAACAGAUUGCUUUCUUGUCCAUUGGCAUUCUGACUAUGGUGCUGGUGGUAGCCAAGCAUUUUACAGCUCUGGUCGCCAUCUGUCUCUUCCUGGGUCUGUUUGAUGGAUGUUUCAUAUCACUGUUGGGCCCAAUCGCCUUUGACGUCGUUGGUCAAAAAGGAGCGUCACAAGCUAUUGGAUUCUUGCUAGGAUUCUGUUCGAUUCCACUGACAGUGGGACCGCCUGUAGCCGGCCUAUUGUAUGACCAUAUGAAAAAUUAUAAUGUUGCAUUUUUGGCUGCUGGAAUUCCACCCAUCUUCGGCGCCUGUCUAUUGUGCCUCAUACACAGAAUACGCAACAAAUCAGAAGAUUUAGAUGAAGAAAAUGAAACAAAAGAACAAGUGCCAGACAUCAUUAGAUCCAACGAUAUUGCCAUAAAAAUACCAGAAAAAAUGCCUUUGACUGAUGCUUCUAAAGAUGUUCUCAAUCCUUCUAUACCGCCAAAUGAAACUUCGCGCCUCUGUGAGGAUCUUCACACAAAGCAAAGUUCUUUAGAAGCACUGUGAUAAAUUUAUUUAUAUUCAAAGAAUUACACGCCAACAAGAGAUACAUAUUUUUCAACAAAUUCCAUAUUUUGAUGAAAAAAUAAUGCAUAUUUUAAAACAUAUUAACGUAUGUUUUAAAAUACAUUAAGAUAUUUAUAUAUGUUUUGUCAUAAUGUUUUUGGACGUUUUUUAUGCUCAGAAAUGUUGCCAGAGGAAACCCUGUGAAGAAAUAGUAUUUUUAAAUGAAUGUUCCUUAAAAAUUUCUUUUAAAAUUACAUACGUUUCCCAUUAUCCAAGUUGCUCGAAUCAAUUUCAUAAUACUACACUACUCUGUGGAGCUAUUAAAAGAUAAUAAUAACUAAUUGAAUAAAGCACAAGGCGUGAUAACGUUAGUAAUUAUCUGUGUCCAAACUGAAAAAAAAUCUUUUAUUUCAAUAAAAUUAUUUUAUAUUU